AUGGAACUAGCCUUUCAACGCUUUUUCAAAACAAGCGCCCGCCUCGCCCGGCCAUUCUCAACACAUCCGGCCCACGCUAUCAAACAUCUGCCCCCGCGUCCCAAGCUUGACGAUGCCGAUAUCACGGGGACGUACCUCAAAGGCUCUGGCCCCGGUGGUCAAAAGAUUAACAAAACCAACUCAGCUGUCCAGCUGAUUCACAAGCCGACGGGAAUCGUCGUGAAAAGCCAGUCAACCCGAUCGCGCUCGCAGAAUCAAAAGAUUGCGCGUGAGCUCUUGGCUGCAAAAGUUGAGAAGCUGGAGAGGGGAGAAGACAGUCGCGAAGCAAUCAAGGCCGCCGUGAAGCGAAAGAGGAAAGCUAGUUCGACGAAGAAGAAACGGCGAAAGUACCGAGCUCUGGAAGAAGAGAAGGACAAUCAACAAGAAUCCGAUGAUCUUCACAAUCUCGAUGGCCCUGAUGAUCCUCACAAUGAACAUCCCGAUGCCGACAGACAAGUGGAAAACAAUUUGGAAAAAUCCGAAUCGGCCAGGCCAGGAACCUAA